CUACAGUACUGGGAGGUGUUUCCACUGUUGCUCCACGUUAGCAGCUGUAUGCUAAUCAGUGCUAAUCCUGAGGCUGGCAGGUGGCUGUAGUGGAGAGCGCACUGUUGGAAUUACGCAGCGACACGAUGCGUUAACCUCCGCUGAGAGAGAGAGAGGAGAGUCAUGCUGCUAAUCUGAGGGAUCUGCGUUAAAGGAGUCUAUUUUGAAACCCUUUUUGUUGCCUUUUUGUGCUCUGACAUGUUGUUGAAACACACUAAACGUUUGAAAAUGAAGAUCCUCGCCCGCUGGGACCGCAGUUCGGACUUCUCCUAUGACGACUCUAAGGUGGAGUUCAACGUGGACGCCCCCAACGGUGUGGUGAUGGAGGGCUACCUGUUCAAGAGGGCCAGCAACGCCUUUAAGACCUGGAACAGACGGUGGUUCUCCAUACAGAACAGUCAGCUGGUCUACCAGAAGAAGCUCAAGGACUCUCUCACGGUGGUGGUGGAGGACCUCAGGCUGUGCUCCGUUAAACCGUGUGAGGACAUCGAGAGGAGGUUCUGCUUCGAGGUCGUCUCCCCCUCCAAGAGCUGCAUGCUUCAGGCAGAGUCUGAGAAGUUGAGACAGUCGUGGAUUCAGGCGGUUCAGGCCAGCAUCGCCUCGGCCUACAGAGAGAGCCCAGACUCGUACUACAUAGAGUUUGCCCUCAAGGCAUCUGGAGUCUGA